GAAUUACUAAUUUUAGGCAAUUCUAUUACUAGAUGAAUACCUUUUAUGCACGGCUGUUCAAAAACAUCAGUGUCAGAUGUUUUUUGGGGUUUGAAAGGUGUAAAAUUGUUAUGAGUGUUUGAUCUUUAAAACAGAGGAUGUUUAGUUAUUAAGUAUAUAUAUGAAUCAACUGGCAUUCAAUUAGGGUAUUCGACCACCUUAAAUGUCCUCUGUUUUUUAGGAUAAAUUUUAACAGCAUAAGCCCUUUCUUAUCUUUAUACAAACUGCUACUUAUUUCUGAAGAAAAAUCAUGUCGUUUCCUGCACAGCACCAGGAAAUACAGCCAGGGCUCGAGUAUCUUAUGGUACCCCAGCCCAUUUCAGUUGCCCCAACUUAUAAAUCUGCUGGGAAAUUGAAGGGGAAAGUGGCUCUGGUUACUGGUGGUGAUUCGGGGAUUGGAAGAGCUGUGUGCUACCAUUUUGCUCUGGAAGGUGCCACAGUUGUUUUUACUUAUGUUGGUACUGUGGAGGAAAUUGAUGCCAAUGAGACUCUGGAAAAGCUAGCAGAAUACAAGACUGCUGAUGCUAGAAACCCCAUGAAAAUCCCUGUCAAGGAUUUGGGAAACGAUGACACAUGCAAAGAGGUUGUGGACAAUGUUAUUGCAGCGUAUGGGUGCAUUGACAUAUUGGUUAACAAUGCAGCAGAAAAUCAUGUGGUGGAGAGGAUUGAAGACAUGAAAGCUGACCAAGUAGAACGCACAUUUAGGACAAAUAUAUUUUCUCAAUUCUUCAUUGCAAGUCAUGCGGUGAAGCAUAUGAAAGAGGGCUGUAACAUUAUCAAUAGCCUUUCAAGACAAGCUUACCUAGGAAUGCCGAGUACCCUUGACUAUGCCUCUUCUAAGGGAGCCAUUCUCACUUUUACAAGGGGGCUUGCUAGGCAACUUGCCAAGCGUGGAAUAAGGGUUAAUGGUGUUGCCCCUGGACCAAUAUGGACCCCUGUUAAUGUUGCAUCUCUAGAUGCCAAUGCAGUAGCCCAUCUGGGAGAGGAUACACUGAUGGGAAGAGCUGGACAACCAUGUGAGGUAGCUCCAUGCUAUGUUUUCCUUGCUUCUCAAGAUGCUUCUUACAUGACAGGCCAAGUUCUCCAUCCUAAUGGGGGAGCUGCCAUGUACUCUUGAGACUAUGAUGCCUUAAUUCUGUAUCUGAUGGUGCAUUUCAAUUAUCUAGCCCUUGGGCUUUAGAAUAUGCAUGUCUGCUCUUCGCUAUGCACGGAAUUCAAGUUCGGGUGGUCAUUUUGUUCCCUUCAGUUGCAAAUAUGUGAUUUUCUUCUUAUUUGUGGGGCUUUGAUUUUUAACAAGACUGUCUCACUCAAUGUUUCCUCAAUAUGGGAUUCAAGAGAUGUCUUACCAUUCAUUACAUUUUGAAGCUUUAAUAUAUAAGCAUGUAUGAUGGUCAAUUGCCUCAUGCAAUAUCUCGUGUAUCAUAAUGAAAAGGCAAAUUUUUUUUUUA